AUGAUGAUGAUGAUGAUGAUUAUGAGUGGAAUGAUGGUAAGGAUGUUGAUGCUGCUGAUGAUGAUGGUGGUAGUGGUGCCGGUGAUGUUGGUGAUGUUGGUUGAUGAUGGGUAUGGAAGAAAGGAGGGAGGCACGUGGAUAAAGAGCGCGUACGCGGGUGGCUGGAGCGUUCGGCAGAGAGAGCUACUGGGCGAGGCUCGAGUGGCUGCGGGAUCGGAUUACUGCGCAGUUUUUUGA